AUGCCUGCCGGUCCCGUCUCCGAGACCACCUCGCUCCUUCGGAAACCAUCCUUUGAUGCGGAAGGCCUGUCAGGCGUCGCGGGGGCAAAGGACGCUACCCAUGGCCAGACGGUCGCUGAAUACGGCACGAGCGACAACGUGGAGGCGGCAGAUCUAAAAUAUCCAGACGAUGAAACGACAUGGCAAGAGGAAAUCCGAUAUCUUGCCAGAAAUUCUCCGCCACUGAUUCUAACAUACCUGCUGCAGUACUCAUUCAGCCUGGUGACCGUCUUCGUUGCGGGCCGUCUUGGAACCGAGGAGCUAGGUGCAGCGUCUCUGGCUUCUAUGACCGCCAAUAUCACCGGCCUCUGUGUAUACGAAGGGCUUGCGACAUGUCUCGAUACCUUGACUUCGCAGGCAUACGGCAAUGGGAAGAAGCAACUUGUCGGUCUGCAUAUACAACGAAUGUGCGCCUUGAUGUGUCUGGUUACCGUGCCUAUAGGUACCAUCUGGCUUUGCUCGCCUCUUAUACUGCCACAUCUUGUACCAGAGAAAGAAGUUGCGCUGCUUGCGGGCAAAUUUAUGCAGAUCUAUCUCAUCGGUGCACCUGGGUGGGGGAUCUUCGAGGCCAGCAAACGCUUUACUCAGGCUCAAGGCAACUUCAAUGCUUCGCUGUGGGUGCUCGUCGUCUGCGCUCCAUUCAAUAUCUUCCUGAAUUGGCUUUUGCCCUUCCAGCUCGGCCUCGGCUUUGAAGGCGCGGCACUUGCUGUGGCUAUAUCAAACACUCUCCAGCCCAUCGUCUUGGCGCUGUAUGUCCGCUUCUUUGCGCCGGCCACACUGGAAUGUUGGCCCGGUAUACAGUGGAAGCGGAUAGCACAGAACUGGGGACCCAUGAUUCGCCUGUCGAUUCCGGGUGUCCUGAUGACGGCUUCUGAAUGGCUGGCGUUCGAUAUUUUGACGUUUGCUUCCAGCUAUCUUUCCGCCGAGCACUUGGCUGCGCAGUCUGUUGUCAUGACUGUCUGUGUUGCCAUCUACCAUCUCCCAUUCCCAAUUUCAAUUGUUGCCUCGACACGUUUCGGAAACUGGAUCGGUUAUGGCGCCCUCAACGCCGCCCGGAAGACGUGGAGAACGCAUUAUAUGCUCUUCAUUUGCAUCGGGCUCUGUGACCUUGCGCUCUUGACAUCUCUGCGGCACGUGAUAGCCGGUGUCUUCACAUCCGAUGAAGUUGUGAGAGCUAUCAUAGUGCGCGUCCUGCCCAUCGUGGCCUCGGCGCAAUUGUUCGAUGCGUUGCUAGCCAUCUCAAACGGGCUGCUUCGAGGACUGGGCCGCCAGAAGAUUGGUGGCUGGAUAAACCUGGCGGUGUACUAUGUUUUCGCUCUACCGCUCUCGUUUGUCCUCACCUUUGGUCCUCCCAAAUUGGAUAUAGAGGGUCUUUGGAUCGGGCCUUGUCUUGGACUCGGGCUAGGCGCUUUCACCAUGUGGUCUUAUAUGAAACUCACGGACUGGACCAAAGCGGUCGAAGACGCUCGGGCGAGGGAAGAGUGA